GUCUUGUUACUUCCGGUAGCGAAGCCUCUCCCUCUUCCUCUGCUCCCGCGGGGGUCUGUGCUGAGAAUAAUGGCCCGGUUGGCCCGGGACGAGUGGAAUGAUUAAUGAUGUUUUGCAGCAGUUUUCUACGUCUGAAAUUUUUUAUGUCUCUGGAACCCAGAAUUUGCUAAGAGAUGGAGGAACCUCAGAAAAGCUAUGUGAACACAAUGGACCUUGAGAGAGACGAACCUCUCAAAAGCACCGGCCCUCAGAUUUCUGUUAGUGAAUUUUCUUGCCACUGCUGCUACGACAUCCUGGUUAACCCCACCACCUUGAACUGUGGGCACAGCUUCUGCCGUCACUGCCUUGCUUUAUGGUGGGCAUCUUCAAAGAAAACAGAAUGUCCAGAAUGCAGAGAAAAAUGGGAAGGUUUCCCCAAAGUCAAUAUUCUCCUCAGGUAAUGUUCAGCCUGUAUUGGUAGCACAAACAGCCCAUAAAAUGUGGUUUCUCUCUUGCUUUUUUUUUUUUUUUUAACAGAGAUGGCGUCUCGCUAUGUUGCCCAGGCUGGUCUCAAACUCCUGACCUCAACUGAUCCUCCCACUUCAGCCUCCCAAAGUGCUGGGAUUACAGGUGUGAGCCACCAUGUCCAGCCAAUGGGCUUUCUCUUAACAGGAACAGCAGUGUUUGAAAGGUCGCACACUUGGAGCCCACCUCCUUGGGGGUGGAUCUUCUGGAAUAAGAGUGGAUCUUCUGGAAUAUGAGUCAGGGAGCUCAAGGAACUGGAAAUCCAGAUUAUCUUCCUCAUAGGGAUGCCAUUGAAAAGUUAUUUCCUGAUGCCAUUAGACUGAGAUUUGAAGACAUUCAGCAGAAUAAUGACAUAGUCCAAAGUCUUGCAGCCUUUCAGAAAUAUGGGAAUGAUCAGAUUCCUUUAGCUCCUAACACAGGCCGAGCGAAUCAGCAGAGGGGAGGGGGAUUCUUUUCCGGUGUGCUCACAGCUUUAACUGGAGUGGCAGUGGUCCUGCUCGUCUAUCACUGGAGCAGCAAGGAAUCUGAACACGACCUCCUGGUCCACAAGGCUGUGGCCAAAUGGACGGCGGAAGAAGUUGUCCUCUGGCUGGAGCAGCUGGGCCCUUGGGCAUCUCUUUACAGGGAAAGGUUUUUAUCUGAACGAGUAAAUGGAAGGUUACUUUUAACUUUGACAGAGGAAGAAUUUUCCAAGACGCCCUAUACCAUAGAAAACAGCAGCCACAGGAGAGCCAUCCUCAUGGAGCUAGAACGUGUCAAAGCAUUAGGCGUGAAGCCCCCCCAGAAUCUCUGGGAAUAUAAGGCUGUGAACCCAGGCAGGUCCCUGUUCCUGCUAUACGCCCUCAAGAGCUCCCCCAGGCUGAGUCUGCUCUACCUGUACCUGUUUGACUACACCGACACCUUCCUACCUUUCAUCCACACCAUCUGCCCUCUGCAAGAAGACAGCUCUGGGGAGGACAUCGUCACCAAGCUUCUGGAUCUUAAGGAGCCUACGUGGAAGCAGUGGAGAGAGUUCCUGGUCAAAUACUCCUUCCUUCCAUACCAGCUGAUUGCUGAGUUUGCUUGGGACUGGUUGGAGGUCCAUUACUGGACAUCACGGUUUCUCAUCAUCAAUGCUAUGUUACUCUCAGUUCUGGAAUUAUUCUCCUUUUGGAGAAUCUGGUCGAGAAGUGAACUGAAGACCGUGCCUCAGAGGAUGUGGAGCCAUUUCUGGAAAGUAUCAACGCAGGGGCUUUUUGUGGCCAUGUUCUGGCCCCUCAUCCCUCAGUUUGUUUGCAACUGUUUGUUUUACUGGGCCCUGUACUUUAACCCAAUUAUUAACAUUGAUCUUGUGGUCAAGGAACUCCGGCGGCUGGAAACCCAGGUGUUGUGACUGGCACUGCCCAGGCUGAGACUCUUCAAGUCCCGCUGACGUCUGAGCUUUGAUGCUUAAGAGGGGUGAGGCAGGGAGCGGACUUCCUAUUUUCUACCCUCAGUAAAACAAGGUGCUGCUUUGUAUAUCAAAAGCUCCAACCAUGUCCUCUCCCCCUCAGCCUGUGGGUGGCACGAGCAAGGAUUGACAUCCGCACAGGGAGGAUUGUCUGUUUGGCUGACACAGCAGCAGCCCUUCCCACCCAGCCACCUUCCUCACAGGGACUAGGAGGCUCAGUCCCCAACGGCUGGCAAGACUCAGGGUCCUCAGUGGACAUGGUGUGGGUGACAUCAGAAGGGCGCCACAUCAGUCCCCUCCCCAACCUCAGUGACUGACAGAGGAUCCGGAUCUCAGAGCCUGAGACCAGGCUUAUUGGGGCCUGGCCUGUCCUCUAAGUCAAGUUUAGGAAAACAAGGAUAAGAUUCUGUCAUAGGCAUAGAGAGUUGCACAUAAAAAAUACCGAAGAAAACCCAAAAUUCAAUCAACAAUUCUGUCUUGUUGAAGAGUUGCUAGGAUUCAGAGUAAAACUCAAAGGAUUCAGUUUGAGCCUAGAAUGAUGGUUAGACUUGUAGUCACUGGGCUUUUGUUUUGCUUUAUGGAAAUCAUUGAAGGUCUGGAUCCCUUUCUCUGAAUGGAGAGAUUGAGAGGGAUGUCAGCAGUUCCCAUUAGAUUUAGUGGCCUUCAUGUUAUUCAGAAUUGUUUUGGUGAUACCUCAUCCCUGUAAUCCCAGCACUUUGGGUGGGUGAGGCAGGCAGAUCACUUGAAGCCAGGACUUCAAGACCAGCUUGGCCAACAUGGUGAAACCUCGUCUCUACUAAAAAUACAAAAAUUAGCCAAGUGUGGUGGCACAUACCUGUAAUCCCAGCUACUUGGAAUUGGAAAUCGCCUGAACCCAGGAGGCGGAGGUUACAGGGAGGGAGACUGCACCACUGCACUUCAGCCUGGGUGACAGAGGGAGACUCUGUCUUAAAAAAAAAAAAAAAAAAAAAAAAAAAAAAAAAAAUCAUCUGUAAAAUAAAUUCUGGGAUAGUCGUUUUGUUCAAGGAAAUGUUUUGUAAAUUGAGCUCACACUAUAUAAUCUUUAUUGUCCUAUCCUGAUGUAUAAUACAGCAGGUAUAAUUACACCAAGCGCUAUAGUUAUAAAUAUGGAAUGAAGUGAACUAUGGCCUUUUAUUUCCUUCCAGUGUGAACACAGCAGGUGUGAGAUGUCAUCUUGGAAGACAGGCCUUGCAGAAAUAGGCCUACAUCCAAAAUAUUAUCUUGUGACUCCAUGAACCAUUCAUUAACCCUUUGUAUCUUUGAGUGAAGAUUUUACUCAAAAGUUGCAUCUGGAAGUUCGAAGAAAUUACUUGAAAUAAAAAUAAAGAUUUUUAUAUAGAUAAAACCUA